GUGCCGGAGUCAUUUUUUAAGUUGCCUCAAACACGCUCGUGCGUCGUUUUUGUUAACUACGUAGCUUACAAUUGGCGCGAAAAAAUUGCUGUGUGUGCGGAUGAAGACGAAAUGAGGCACGAGCUGGAGUAUUAAAUGUCUGUGAGGCAGCUGGCUGCGGUGAAUCACGCUUAGACUACGCCACGGAGCGUCACGGACUGAUUGACUGACCGACGUUAUUGAUUAUUGAUUGAAAGAGGAGGUAUUCUUCACAGACGUGCUCCGUUGGAUAAAAACCGCUUUCUGAAGAUUUAAUUUAUAUCCACUGACACACUUUGGAUUUUUGCUAAUUUAUUUUCACAUCGGUUCUGUCAAGUUUACUCUGGGAGUCAUAACGGCAGCCAUAAUGCCGCCGGUCUUACCCAUGUCCACCAUGAACUAUGAUUACGACUAUGACACGGUCCAGCCCUGCUUUUUCCUGCACGGCGAGGAGGAGGACUUCUACCCUCCUCCACGCAGCCAGCUCCUGCCAGGCCCCAGCGAGGACAUCUGGAAGAAGUUCGAGCUGCUGCCGACGCCUCCUCUGUCACCCAGCCGCAGACCGUCUCGGUCUGACGUCCCACUGUCCGCCGCCGAACACCUGGAGGCGGUGUCCGACCUGCUGGGCGAGGAAUGCAACCCCUCUGCGGCCUUCCUGCAGUCCUUCAUCAUCCAAGACUGCAUGUGGAGCAGCAGCUUCGCCGCCGCCACCAAGCUGGAGAAGGCGGUGUCUGAGAGGCUGGCGUCGCUGCGAGCCCGCCGGGAGUCCUCCAACAACAACAACAACAACGACACAGACAGCACAGGUGAUCAGCAGGUGGGCGUCCCCCAGGGGAACACAGAGUACCUGCAGGACUUCCACGCAGCGGUGACUGACUGCAUCGACCCCUCCGUGGUGUUCCCGUACUCUGCGCUGAGCGAGAAGAGCCGCGAUGCAGCAGCAGCGGAGGUGGGAUCAGAAGUGUGUCUCGACUCACCGCCACUCAGCAGCAGCGACAGUGAAUCAGAAGAAGAAGAAGAGCAGGGUGAGGAGGAGGAGGAGGAAGAGGAGGAGGAGGAGGAGGAGGAUGAAGAGAUCGACGUGGUGACAGUGGACAGGAGAAAGUUGUCGCGGCGGUGUGACGUGCGCAGCAGACCGGACGCCUCCCCGCUGGUCCUGAAGCGCUCUCACAUCAACAUGCACCAACACAACUACGCCGCCCAGCAGCCCUCAGCGACCCACGAACAGCCUGCUGGGAAACGGGUAAAGUCGGAGGGCGCCUGCGCGGCGCUGAGGCAGAGCAGCAGCCGCAAGUGCUGGAGCCCGGCGUCAGACGGCGACGACAGCGACGACAAACGCAGGACUCACAACGUGCUGGAGAGGCAGCGCAGGAACGAGCUCAGGAUGAGCUUCCUGUCGCUGAGGGACCAGAUCCCGGCGGUGGCUAACAACGAGAAGGCGGCUAAGGUGGUGAUCCUGAAAAAGGCCACAGAGUUCAUCGUGGAGAUCCAAGAGGACGAGAAGAGGCUGCGAGCGAUGAAGGACGAGCUGAGGAAGAGGAGCAGAGAGCUGAAACACAGACUGGAGCAGCUGAGGACUUUACAUUAACCAUUGAUUAGUUUUUUAGAUAUUAAUAUUGUCAAGUUUUCAUGUCUGAAACAGAAUUCAGAACAUCGAGGCUGCAACAAACAUCUCUUAUGAAUAAUUAUGAAUUAUUUGGUUUAUUAAGUAUCAGAAAUAAUAACUAAUAUAACCUUAAAUGCAGCACAGUCCGCUUUGUUUAACGCUGCCUGUUCAAAACAGAGACUUGAAGAACUACAAGGACCAUAAUUCACUGAGCUGGCGGCUGGUCUGUAAUCAGUGAAAGUUUCUGUUUGUUUGUUUGUAUUUAUUUUAUUUUAAUUGACAACUUCUGCACAUUUAUAGUUGUCUUUUUAAUUUAAGAUAGUUGUGUUGUUUUUUUUUAAUGUUUUACUGAUUAGGAAAAAAUACUUCUGACUGUCAGAGCUUUAACGCCCAGCUGAUGAUGAAGAUUAAUAACUUAAUAUUAUUUUUCUCUUUAUUUAAUCAGUAAUUACUAUCUCAAGCAUGGAUUUGUUAUUCUAUUAUUUUAUUUCAUUUUUCAAAUACUUUUUAUAUUUUUAUAUUUUGCUCCUGCAUCAGACGCUUUGCAGACUCUUCGAAUUAAAAAUGGUGUCAAUGUUU